AUGUUCCAUGGAACAUAUGCAUUAAUCCGAAGGAUGAUUAGGAAAGGUGAGGUACCAGACAAGAGGACAUACACAGUUCUGGUGAAUGGAUGGUGUUCCUCCAGGAAGAUGAAUGAAGCGCAAGACUUCUUAGAGGACAUGAGUAAGAAAGGGUUUAAUCCUCCGGUUAGAGGUCGAGAUUUGUUGAUAGAAGGUUUGUUGAAUGUAGGUUAUCUUGAAUCAGCCAAGAAAAUGGUAAGAAGAAUGACCAAGGAAGGGUUUGUGCCUGACAUUGCUACAUUUAAUUCUUUAGUGGAAACAAUCUGUAAAACUAAGGAGAUUGAUUUCUACAUCGAUAUGUAUCAUAUUGUUUGUAAAUUGGGGCUUUGUCCGGAUAUUAAUAGUUACAAAAUAUUGAUACCUGCGACUUCAAAAGUCGGUAGGAUUGACGAGGCAUUUAGACUUUUAAAUAAUUCAAUUGAACAAGGUUAUAAGCCAUUCCCUAGUUUGUAUGCACCUAUAAUCAAAGGCUUGUGUAGGAAAAGAUUUGUAGAGGCAGCAAAUUAUUUGGUGGAGAUGAUUGAGCUGUGA